AUGAGUCCCAAUACUUGCUGGCUUUGCAAGAUAUUCAGAGCAGAAGAAAAUGGGAUCAGUUCUAAGGUGUCUUUGGAAGAAGUGCUAAAAUGGUCCCAGUCUUUUGAAAAGCUGAUAACAAGUAAAUAUGGGCCUAUGAUCUACAAGACCUACUUAAAGACAGAGCACAGCGAUGAAAAUAUAGAGUUCUGGCUUGCUUGCGAAGCUUAUAAGAAGAUCACAUCACAGAGGAAAAGGAUUUCUGCGGCCAGGAAACUUUUUACAAGUUACAUUGAACUCCAUGCUCCCAAUGAGAUUAACAUUGACAGUCCUGCAAGGAAAGCAAUUAUAAGGAAUAUUCAAGAGCCAACGCAGUCCUGUUUUGAUGAAGCACAGAGAAUAAUUUACAUGCACAUGGAAAGAGAUUCUUAUCCAAGAUUUCUUGAAUCAAAGUUCUAUCAAAAACUCAAACGCAGCCUUCAAACUAAUGGCGAUAAUUCAAUG